AUGGGUGUCAUUCGGAAAAAGAACGCGGCGCGCGGCACAGACGGUGGUACCAAGUAUCAUUGCGAUGUCUGUUCUGUAGACGUCACCAAUACAGUGCGCAUCUCCUGCGCGCACAGCGCUUGCCACGAAUAUGAUCUUUGCGUUCCCUGCUUCGCCGCUGGGCAGCACUCGAAAAACCACGACCCUCGAACCCACCCGUACUCAGUCAUCGAGCAAAAUUCGGUCCCGAUCUAUGACCCUGAUUGGGGUGCCGAUGAGGAACUGCUGCUUCUAGAGGGCGCUGAAAUCUACGGUUUAGGGUCAUGGGCCGACAUUGCGGAUCACAUUGGGGGCUUCCGCACCAAGGAGGAAGUCCGCGAUCACUACAUCGAAACCUAUAUCAAUAGCCCCAAUUUUCCCCUUCCGGAACUCGCAGAUCCAAAAGAUAAGUCGCUUCAGGAACAAAUACCAAAGGAAGAGUUUCAAAUCCGGAAGAAGCGGCGGAUCGAAGAGAGGAAGGAAGCCGCCAAGGCCGCACCUCCAGCGACCCCCAAGCAAAAACCCACUGCUUCAGUGCCGGCUUGCCAUGAAGUUCAAGGUUAUAUGCCUGGAAGAUUGGAAUUUGAGACGGAAUUUGCCAACGAUGCCGAAGAAGCGGUUCAACAUAUGCAGUUCGAGCCCGGAAACGGCCUAAAUGCCAAUGGGGAGAUGGACGCCGAGAUGGAACUCAAGAUGACAGUCCAGGAUAUUUACAAUUCUCGCCUGACUGCUAGAACCGAGCGCAAGAAAAUACUUUUUGAACAUAACCUCUUGGAGUACCGGAAAAAUGCGGCAUUGGAUAAAAAGCGAACAAAAGAGGAGCGAGAUUUGAUGAACAAAGCGAAGCCGUUUGCUAGGAUGAUGAAUCACGAAGAUUUCGAGGAAUUCACAAAAGGCCUGGAAUAUGAGCAUAACCUUCGAAUUGCAAUCGCACAACUCCAGGAAUGGCGAACAAUGGGCAUCGGAGAUUUGAAGAGUGGUGAGAAAUACGAACAAGAGAAAACCCAGCGAGCGCAGAGAGCUGUGCCGCAGGGCGCAUUCGACCGAUUUGCUAGUACACGACCGAAACCACCGCAGUUUGAAGGCCCUUCUGCUGCUGCUCAAUUAACCAUGCCUGAACUCCCCUUGCGGCUACAAAGGAAGCUUGUACCGGCAGAGCCGCCACCAGUUCUCAAUGAUUUUGACAAACUGUUUGCCAGCAACAAUUUGAAUGGAACAACCGCUUCCCAGCCGACAAAGUCGAAAUUCGUCAUUCCUCCAAUAAAUGGACUUGUUCCGUGGAGGCUCGAGAACGAUAAAGCGCCAGACAUCCACCUCUUAAGCAAGGAAGAGGUAGAAUUGUGCAAUAUUUUGCACUUGCAGCCUAAACCUUACCUUGUCAUUAAAGAGCAUUUGCUUAAAGAAGCCAUGAAGCAAGGGGGAACCCUAAAGAAGAAAGAUGCUAGGACUAUGUGCAAGAUCGAUGUCGCUAAAUCAGGCCGCAUUUUCGAUUUUAUGGUCCACAGCGGCUGGAUUUCGAAGGCCUAA